GUGUGUCUUUUGUUCGUGUUUAUUUUUUGAUGUGGAACAUAAUGAACUGAGGAGGUCAUAACACUCCAGACAUGAAUCCUCCAAACAGUCAUGACCAGACUUUGCUAUUUAAUUUGUCUUGACCUGGAACAGAUGCAGACUCAUAUAGGAAACUUGAGAAGCACCAAAUGGGUAAAUCCCAAAUCUCAUAUAGUAUAAACAUCAAUAUCUUCCUCACUUGUGUCCUUUACUUGCGACUUUAUUAUGCCCACUGAAGAUACAAGGAAGAAAUUUGAGGAGAGAGGAAUCAAGGAAAUUCAUUUUAGAGAAAUGAGACCUUCUUUUCCUUCAAUCCUGCAUCUGAAGUGUCCAAUCACCAACUGAUUCUGAUGUUGGACCUUAAAAAAAAUCAGUGAAAGAUGCUCUUGUGUAUCUCCUCAAUCCUCACUCUUCAGAGCAGGUAUAUGUCAAAGUCAAUUAAAAUGUGUGUGUAUCUCAUACAUGCUAAAUUAAGUCACUGUUGUUUCUUUUCAUAAUUAUGAAAACAAUACAAACCAGGGUAAUGGUUAGUGUUGACUUUAGUUCAUAACCUUCUACACUGAGAGCUGCCUUGCAUGCUGUUUUUGUACUGAUCUUGUUACAAAGUGCCUCCACCAGCUGCAGCUGUAGGUUCUUCAUGUCAAAUGAAGAAGUGACUCUUCAAGCUGAGAAGUGUAAAAGGAAAAUAAAUCUGUCUGCUCAUCAACUUAAAAAACUGUGAUCUUUUCAAAGGACCAUAUCAGAGAACGACAUGCUGGAGAGUAUUGGUGCAUUUGCCUUCACCGGCCUCCUUCACCUCACUAAUAUCAUCAUCUCUAAAAAUGUUGCUUUAGAGAGUAUUGGAGCUUUUGCUUUCUCCAGUCUCCCAGGACUCACUGAGAUAUGGAUAUCAGCGUCAAAACACCUGACUUACAUCCACCCAGAUGCAUUCAAGAACAUAGAGAAACUCCGGUAUCUGACCAUCUCCAACACCGGACUGAGAAUUUUUCCAGACUUCACAAAGAUCCGCUCUACAGCCCACAGUUUUGUGUUAGACCUUGAGGAUAACAUCCACAUAGAGAGAGUCCCAACCAAUGCCUUCAGAGGCCUCUGCACUCAAACUAUCACAGAGAUACGGCUCACCAGAAAUGGCAUCAAGGAGGUGGCAAGUGACGCCUUCAACGACACAAAGAUGCACAGAUUGUUCCUAGGAGGCAACCAACAGCUUACUCACAUCAAUCCCAAUGCUUUUGUGGGUUCCAGUGAGUUGGUGGUACUGGACAUCUCCCACACAGCUCUCAGCUCCCUGCCAGACCCCAUCCUCGGUGGACUCCACAGGCUGAUCACAGAGUCCGCCUUCUAUCUGAAAGAACUUCCUCCUGUUCAGCUCUUCACCAAACUGCGCCAUGCUAACCUGACGUACACAUCUCACUGCUGCGCCUUCCAAAACAUAUACAGGAACAGAUCCAGGUGGCAUGCCCUGUGUUCCCACCCCCAUGCUCAGAAUAACCCUCACUUCUACAGAGAGUACUGCACCAACUCCACCUCGAUCAGCUGCAGCCCUGUGCCAGACGAUUUUAACCCCUGUGAGGACAUCAUGUCCUUCAUCUGCCUAAGGGUCCUCAUCUGGAUCAUCUCCAUCCUGGCACUGCUGGGGAAUGCAAUUGUACUCCUUGUAUUGUUAGGCAGCCCCUCCAAGCUAACUGUUCCUCGGUUCUUCAUGUGUCACUUGGCCUUUGCUGACCUCUGCAUGGGCAUCUACCUGGUAGUCAUAGCAACCGUAGACAUACUCACUAGUGGCCGGUACUACAACCAUGCCAUAGACUGGCAGGCAGGCCUGGGCUGCAGCGCUGCAGGCUUCCUUACGGUGUUUGCCAGUGAGCUCUCAGUGUUCACAUUAACAGCGAUCACCCUUGAGCGCUGGCACACCAUCACUUACGCCCUAAGGCUCGACUGUAAGCUUCGCCUGAGGCACGCAUGUAUCGUCAUGACAGUAGGCUGGAUCUUCUCCUCCCUCACUGCUUUGCUGCCCAUUGUUGGGGUCAGCAGCUACAGCAAGGUGAGUAUCUGCUUGCCUAUGGAUGUGGAGUCUCGGGUGUCUCAGGUCUGUGUGGUGUCCGUCCUCCUCCUCAACCUCCUGGCCUUCUUCUGUGUGUGUGGCUGUUACCUCAGCAUCUACCUGACGGUCCACAACCCCUCGUCAGCGCCAGCCCAUGCGGACACCCGCAUAGCCAAACGCAUGGCCAUCCUUAUCUUCACUGACUUCAUUUGCAUGGCUCCCAUCUCCUUCUUUGCAAUCUCAGCAGCCCUCAAGUUCCCUCUUAUUACCGUCUCAGAGUCUAAAUUCCUGCUAGUGAUCUUCUAUCCAUUCAACUCAUGUGCCAACCCCCUCCUCUAUGCAUUCUCCACCCGUAGCUUCAGGCGUGACUUUUUCCUCUUCACAGCUCGCUUUGGCCUGUUUAAAACCCAGGCACAGAUUUACCGGACAGAAAGUUCCUCCAUGACCUCUCCAAAGAGCAGCCAUGUGGUGCUGUACUCCUUGGUCAAUACAUUAAGUCUAGAUGUGAAACAAGGAUGUUGACUGUCUUUCAAAAAUCUAAAGACUUUUAGCUCGAUUGUCAACAGAAGGGUGAUAUUUCUCUCCCUGUAGAGGUCAUAUGCAAGUAAAGCUAAUUUUUCUUAGCUCCAGUAGAGUAGAACUUUGACCAGAAACACCUCAUAAAGUUUCACAGAUUCAGAGGUGCACUUCUUUCCACAUAUGCAUGUGUGUGGAUCAGACUGCUAAAUGCUCAUAUGAAUUGGUUAUUGUCAUAUUUUGUUGAUUUUCAUGUAGCUUCUAAAUGUGUUGCAGAUACUGAGUCUUUGGACCUUGUAUCUGAAACACAACAAUAUAAAGCACAAGUGUCAGUGUCCCUGCAAAACCAUGUGAUGUGUGGGUAAACAUUACUCUACAGCUACACAAAGAUAUCUACAGAACAACCGCAGACACUUGGGCUAGAUCUAGGUCAAGAAGCUGUCCUACAUAAUUCCUUGUGUUUGUUUUAAUUUGACUGGGAUGCCAGAUGGGUGGAGUUUGCUGCAUCAUAACAAUUUAGAUAAGUAAAAGUAGGAGCAGUAGGAGAAGUCAGUUGCUUUCACUUUUAUGUGUAGUCUUUUGUAACAAACUCCAUCCAUCUAGCAAAAUGAAACAUGCUGAAUACUUUGGAGCAGUUCAGUAAAGGUUGUGAUGCUUUGGAUAUCAGCAUACAGUAUGCACAUAAAAAAAAUCAUUCAUUUAACAUUCAGCUCUAUGAUAUUUAUGAAGGAGCACUCUACAGGGACCUACUGAUUAACAAUCUCCUCAUACACUGUUUCUGCUGCUUCCACAUCCCAUCCUACCCUUCAGGUUCUCUAUUUUUUUUUUAAAUAAAACAUAUAAUUAUCUUUGUAAUGUAAUUAUGUUUAUUGUUUGUAUAUGAAUGUACUGCUAAGUGUCACCUUUUUCCAUGAGUUCUGUACAAAAUAUAUGUUUGGUAUGUUUUUUACUAUCAUUUUAUAAAGAUGGUUAUUAUAGUCUAUCUGCUUGAGUAGAUUUUGAAAGGUGAAGGUUGUGUGUGAAAGGGAAACACACAUACACACACACACACACACACACACACACAUACACAACUGAGCUGUCUUUAUCUGGAAAUGCUGUCCUCCAUAGCAUCCAGAGCCUUCAAGGACAAAGCGACCCUUCCAAUCUCUGCUGUGUGCCAGGGUGAGUGGGUGGUUGUGGGAGGGUAGACUGCACAGCUGCUCUUUCUGCUUAUUACAGAAGGAUUUAUAUGGCAGCUAAAUAAGAAACACACAUGUACACAUUUAGAAGUAACACAGGGCUUCGAGGCUGCAGCUGCAAGAAGGAGUCCAUCUCAUUGAUAUGGAUACGCCGCCUCCUACAUGCCAACACUGAACAUGUGGGUGCAUUUAUACACUUUAACCACCAGGUGAUGCUACUGAUGCAGGAUUUAUUGUCAUCUCUGCUCUGUUAACAACAACAACUUGACAGCAAAGAACACCUUUAUAGUGGUUCAGCAUGAGGUAAAAUUAGUCAGUAUGGAGGUUUAGUUUAACAAUAAAAUGUACUGUUCUCUGUCUUGGCAGCUGGUAGCAUUUCUUUCUUCUUUAUUUCUUUCUUAGUAUGUCUUCACAAAGAUGUAUUUGCAACAAAACAGACAUAAAAACAAAACCAAUGUCGAGAGAGAGAGAGAGAAUAGCUGUAUACAUGAUUACAUCAGUGUAUUCAAAAAGAAAUGGUGUAUUUCUGAAAAAGAGUGACUUCAAGUUUAGAUUGAAACUGUCUCAGUAAGGUACUGCUUUGCAGCUCUGGUCAGGAAACUGUCUGAAAAUAUACCUCGUACAGGUUAUAAAAAUUCAUACAGUAGUUUUAUGUGCUCUAUUUUUAUUCCUUUUAUUCCUAUUAUGUCAUUUCAAUGAACAUUCCUUUGUUUGUCUGCAUU